AGCCAUUGAAAAUAAUGUCAUAAACAACUGCAAAUUUUAGUAUUUCGCAUUCUAAAUUAUAUCAAAAUUAUAUAAUGUUUAGGCGCAGUCUAAGCCAUCUGGACAAGCUUCCAAAGACGAAGGUGACCGAAUGGCUGGCCGGGAUCGACACCAUCAUAUGCAGAACGGAUGGGGUCCUGUGGCAGGAGAAUACCCCCAUUGAGGGGUCCGUAGAGGUGAUCAAUGCCAUGAACUCAAAGGGAAAGCGAUGUCUCAUUGUCACCAACGAGUGCUGCCUCACAAACAAGGAUCUGUUUCAGAAGGCCAAGUGCCUGGGCUUCAAUGUCAAGCAGCAGGACAUCCUCAGUUCAUCGGGUGCCAUAUCAAGCUACCUUAGCGACCGGAAGUUCACGAAGAAGGUCCUCGUAUUGGGUGGCGAGGGCAUCCGCAAAGAUCUGAAAGAGGCGGGCUUCUGUUCCGUGGUGAACGAUCUGCAGCCAAAUGACAAGAAAAAAAUCGACUUUGUCAGGUCCUUAACUCUCGAUCCGGAUGUGGGAGCUGUCUUGGUGGCCAGGGACGACAACAUGAUAGCAAACGAGUUGCUUGUGGCCUGCAACUAUCUUCAAAAUCCCAAAGUCUUGUUCCUUACCACUUGCUUGGAUGGAUUCCAGCCAUUUGGGAAAAAGAGGAUCCCAGAUGCCGGAUCUUUAGCUAAUGCCAUCGAGAUAAUUGUACAACGCAAGCCUACCGUUUUGGGCAAACCGAAUCCUCGAAUUUUAGGCAAGUUGAUGGAGUCUGGCGAAAUAAAGCCGGAAAAGACCCUUGUCAUUGGAAACUCGCUAAAAACGGAUAUUUUAUUUGCAAGUAUAUGUGGCUUCCAAUCAUUAUUAGUGGGCUGCGAAAGCGGAGCCUUCGAAGAAGCCGAGAAAAUUAAAAAAGACGGAAAUGAGAAGAAAAUGAAACUCGUUCCAGAUGCUUUUCUGUCCAGUCUUGCACCUUUUUUGGAGUACUUAAGCACCUAAGUAACAUAGGACAAGAAAAGGAAAAGGCAGCCCAAGAAUCCAAAAACAUGCAUAGGCGAGCAAAAACUAAUUUAGAUCAUAUUCAAAAUUCAAAGUCUAGCGCCUAAAGCUAAACAGCUGUUAUGUUUCUCAGCUCUUCCGUGUGCUAAAAUAUAUCGAUAGUGGCUUUUAGCACAAGUCGUAAGUCAGUGUUACCAGUAUUUUUGUAAACUUUGAAUUAAAAAAUUUUUAAUCUCUA